AUGCCAAAAGCAGCGACAAGAUCUGAGACUGCUGCGAGCAAUCCCUCUCCACAAAAUACAAACCUAACAGACCGCACUGUGCCCCGUCCCCAGCGCGCCAACUCUGUUCAAUCAUCCGACCCCGAUCAAACCUCCUCCUCAGGCUCAUCUUCGGAGGAUGACAGCGAGAGCGAAGGGGAAAACGAACAACACUCCGACCAAGAAAUGAAUAGCACCGGAGAGUCCACCACCCACACACAUAUCUCUGAUUCAUCCUCCUCGCUACCUCACAUCGCCGGCCGCCCGAAACCCCGCAUACGUCGCAUGAAAGGCGAUUCGGAAAUUUUGUCGCGGCUCAACGCUUUCUUGCCAAAGAUGAAGGAUGCAAAUGAGGAUUUGCUGAGGCAGAUUGAAGCUGGGGAGGCUGGGGAUCUUGUUCUCGACAAUGCAGACGAGAAUGGGGAGCAGUAUAUUGAGAUGGACCUUGGUCUUGGGGUUCUGGAAGAGAAGCGCGAUGGGGAUUCUUCAAGUGGCGAGGAGAAUGACGACGAAGGGUCUGAGGGUGUCACUGACGCUGGGAAGACUCCCCAGGAGAUGAACGACUCGGAUAUCAUUGGGAAACUUAUGGGAGGUAAGAGUAAAAAGUCGAAUAUCGAUAAACCGUCUAUCCAGGAGAUGGCUUAG